AUGGACUCAAAUACAAGUAUUCUUAAUCCUACAAUCCAGUUAGAAAAAUCCGAUGAAUACACUCCUUCAAUCGUUACUGACAUAAACAGUAGUCUAACGCACAAUAAGAGCAGGAACGAACAAGAUAAAAGGGUUCGUAAAGAAUUGGAUACCCAAAUACUUGAUGAUCUUUAUGAACCUAUUCAUAAAACUUUUACGCAUAACUCAAAAUUUUUAACGUCGAAAGACGGUGAUAUUCUUUCUGGUGACAAAGGAAUUAUCAUGACUGGCAUAUGGAAUUGUAAUUAUAAUGGAAUAUGUUAA